GCGCGAUUCUCCACGCCUUUGAUGUUUAUCUACGAUCCUUGUUUACCGGAUUUAAAACUUGACGUCUGCGUUAUGGGAGUUGGAUGACAGCGUGUAGGUGGUUGAAAUGGCGUUCAAAUCUUAACCGACUCACACCCUCAGAUUGCGUACUGUGAAUUGUUGAUGAAGAAACCACAGAUGUCAGACUGAAAUUCGUCCUUUCUUUUGUACGCAGAUAUAUUUUAGCACUAUCCUUCAUGAUCUAUUUUCUUUAUCAAUGGACGCAAACGGUGACUUUUCAAGAUACCGAGCGAUUUGCAUUUGAAUAGGCAUACAGGAGUGACAGCCAGCCAAUCAACAAAUGGUUCCCCUUCUUUUACGUUAUUUCUUCCCACAAUCACCGGAGCCAAUGCUUUUAAAUUUUAAAUAGGUCUGUGAGGAUUUACCAUUAUGCACUGUAAGUCUAUUGGUUCUUGCAACUAAUUAUGUAUUCGUGGAGCAUAUUUAUUCCGGAACUAAAAGCGGAUACGGGGUGUUUGGACUGAAUAAUGAACGUUUGAUUCGGGUGGAAAACUUUCAUUUGGCAGAUCUAGCAUCACCGCUUUGGUAAAUUCCGUCAACCGCCUGUUUUAAAGUCGUCGCUUGAAAACAGAUUCUGGUGAUCAUCGUGUUGUUGAGUAAUCGCCCCCGUUCAUACAGCUCGUUGUUGCUAUAUGAACAUGUCUGUUGGUCGAAUGAAUUUUGUGUAUUCUUGUUCCACUGUUUCAUGCCAAUAAUGGGACGCACAAGUCUAUCCGGGCGCGAAGAAGAUGAAAAUGGCUGCCGCACUCAUAUCGUUGUUCGCCGAUCCGAACGGACUACUCUCCAUGGGAGGAGCAGCCACUAAAUGUACAGUCAUUGAACAUCGAUGAAUGUUUCAUUUACCUUCUGAUCAUUUGAAAAUUCUCUGUGUUCAAUAGCAAGUUUGUAAAACUGAACUACACUGCUAAUGUUGCCCUUGAAUAAUGAUCAUGAAUAACUCAGUGGCCUUGGUGGCUGGCUUAGCAACAGGGAUCCCUGUAGUUGUUCUUGUGUCAAUUUACAUGGUGUAUUGCUGCUGUCGGCGGAAGCAGCAAGAUCUGCAAGAACCUCGUUUGUGGAGGAUCAAAGAUACUUCCCAUGAUCCAUAUAUUCCACCUUUUGUACCAAGAAUUGUACAGAAAUUUGUCCAACAUUCUCAUCAAGGAACUCGUAAUAGUAGUAGUGCAACGUCUGCUCAGACUUCACCUUUAGAAGACAAAUCAUUUUUCAGUGAGGAUUCUGGCUCAUAUCGAACAGCACCUGAUGAUGCUGGAAUUCCAGAAAAGAGACAUAGUUUGGGUAGUUUUGAGGCACUUAAUGUGCCCACAAUUAGACGAUCAUCCCUUCUUCAACUUACUACCUCAAGUGGAGACAGUUCAGAAAGCAUUUAUGAGCAAAGAAAGAGCUCAGAUGUCAAAUCUCCUAAGAGUUUCCCUAAAAGCAGCAGCAAGUCUUUUGAAUUUGUGAGGCCAAUUCCAGUUAAACCACUCAUAACAAUUACCAGAGUAGAAUCUAAGGAUGACAUGAGCACUAAAGUGCUUGUAGGUGAUGUAGAUCCAAAUGGCCAGAGUCAUUCAGACUCACAAGUCCUGCCUGUUAGGAAGCCACCUAAACCUUCUCGUAGUUUGGAUAAUGUCUCUGUUCCAUCAAGGGCAAGCAAAGAGAGGAAGGGAAGUACUGAUAGGAAUUUGGCAGAAGGGAGAAAAGCAAGUGGCGACACUGAAGGGGAAGUAAAAGUUAAACAAGGAACUCUUGCCAAGAUUCCUGUGAACAUUCCAUCCCAAGUCAUUCAUUCACAUAAAGAGACGAGAAGAAGGAGCUCACACAGUAGUCUAGGAAGAUUAAAUGUGUCAUUACAAUACAAACAGACCACCUGUGACCUAUUUAUAAAGAUCCUCCAAGCAAGAGAACUUCCUGCUAAAGACCUACGUAACAACACAUCUUCCCCAUAUGUUAGGGUCUAUGCACUCCCAACACGGAGACAUAACCACAGAACAACAGUUAUUGAAAAGAACCUGCAUCCAGUAUGGAAUGAAUUGUUUAUUAUCAGUGGACUCACUCUAUCUGAAAUUCGACAACUUGCAUUACAUUUUCUAGUCAUACAUCACCAGCCAGUGUCACGCAAUGUUGUUAUUGGAGAGGUGAUGAUGACAUUAGGUGGGUUGGACCUAACUGGAGGAGAAGUGAAUGUUUGGAGAGAAAUCAGACCUCAUCAGUUUCAAAAUAUUCUUGGUGAUUUGCAUGUGUCUGUUUGUCAUCAACCACUGUCAAGUAAACUGUCCGUAACUGUGUUAGAAGCAAAAAACCUGCCAAAAAUUAGCAGUCUCAACAUAGGAGAUCCAUAUGUCAAGGUAGAAUUGUUCUCUUCAAACCGCCGUGUUGCUAAGAAGAAAACGCGUGUGAAAAAGAAAACAGUAAACCCAAAGUUUGCUCAGACCUUUACAUUUGACCUGGGAGGAAAGAUGGCACUUGAUCACAUGACCAUGAUGUUUACUGUACUAGUUCAGGAUUCAAGUGGAUGCCAUGAACGGAUUGGCCAAGUGGUGUUGAGCACAGCAGCAGGUGAUGGGCCAGAGUUUGAUCACUGGAGUCAGGUGAUUUGUAAUCCACACUGCCCUAUUGACCAGUGGCAUAUGAUACAUGAAUAGUUCAUCUGCAAUCUGUGUAAAAAUGUUGGUAUAAAUUAUCAAGAGUUACAUUGAAGACACAGAUUCCCACAAUACUGUAGCUCAUAACUUAUUCAGUAAUGUAACGGAAUGGCACUUAAAGUAUAAAAACUUUAUUAUUAAGUCUAAGACACUGGAGGCUUUCAGGAUAGAUGGAUAUUAUUAUCUAGUGGAUAAAUGCCAACAUGAAAAACUUAGCUUUUCAUUAGUUAGUGAUUUAUGUUGUGCAAAUGGAUAUUGUCCACGCUUCAAAUAACCAUACAGGAUAAUGUGUUGUGGUAAUCUGUGCAUUAUUUGUUAUAUUCUUCAUUUCUCCCAUUAUGUCUUAAAUGUUGUUAACUGAACCAAAUUGUUGUUCUUGUGAUAACAAUUGAGUCGUUUUCAACCAGAUCUAUACUUCAAUUCUUGAUCAGCAUACCCUAGUGUUGUCUCAAAAUAACCGCAGUGUUGAGUACUACGUUGCAUUUACUUGGAGGGGUUCUAGUUUAUAUCUCUUUGUCCUAUGAGAACUAUGGAAAAAUAUCAAGCAAUACGUCACUUGCCCUUUAAAAACCAGUGAGAACUCUCCUCUAAUGAAUUAGAUUCCUUUACCUCACUUAAUUUUUGGUGUCAUACUUAAUAGUAGGUUCUUUUGGAUUAACAGUUUUAAUUACUCUUCUAACACUCUGCAGCUAUUGUUGAAUAGUUACUUUGAUAAAGUCAGAGGUAUUAUUCGGUAUUUUUAAUGACUUCUGGGUGACUACACGGCCUUACAUUUCAGUUUGUUCAGAAGUUUGCUAGUUUAAACAUCGAUCUUUUGUGAAAAUGUCUCUGAACUAUCAUGCUUUAUAUUAGAGAGAAGCAUUCCUCAUAACUGUUCGAUACUUUAAACAAACAAGAAAUACAUCUCUCUCAUCUUGUUACCUAAGACCUCGAGAGGACGGAAUUUAGCGUUUAGUCACCCCAAGACGAUUUUAUCCGUUUUUAAAUGUGCAAACUCCAAGUUACACUUUCAUGUGAUUUACCCAGUUGAACAUUAAAGGAUUUAUGAAAAAAAUUGCUCCUCUCGACGCUAGACCUGCGAAAUUGGUGUAUGAAGGAGUUAUUGGGUGCUCUUAAACAUAUCUGGUAUGACUGUCUUGCUCGUAUGAGAUGUAGGCCAAGUGUUCUAUUCAAUGAUUACGUUCUAAAUUUUACACGCUUCUGAUAAAAGCCCCUCUUCUCUUAGUACUUGAGGUGGGUAGAAAAUACGUUAUAGGGAAUGAAGAGUUUCCCUUUUUGAUGCUGUAGGUAUCGACAUACAAAGUACAAAUUCUGGGCAAACACCUUACUUGAGAACAAACCCGUGAUGGAAGAAAUAAACAGAUUAUUUAUUUUGAAAUAAAUUUGAAAGUCGUCAUUUUAAUGAGAUAAAGGUAUAUAAGUAGUUAUUUAUUAGUAAGACACUAUUCAAUAUCUUAUUUAGUUUAUUAAACUGAUGGAACGAAGUUGAUAUAUUGUGGAUGAAAUAAAUUUAUUUGGCGUUAUA